CAGAGGCUUAGUUUGCUUCUCAUUUCAUCGCGUAGAUUAAAAAAACGAGAGGAGGAGAGAGAGAGGACCAGGGGAGAAGAACCUUGGAGGAAAGCGUCGCAAUAAGUCCGUUUUCUUUCUUAAAACCGGCAACUUGCUCUUCACUUUUGUCAGAAGCAUCCAUUUUCUUUCCAAAAUCAAAUCUUUUCAAAUCCCCAUUUAUCUUCCUCCCUUGGAUUUGCAUCCCAGAUUUCGCCUUGUAACCCUCCAACCCUUUCUUCUUCUUCUUCUUCUUCUUCUUCUUCUUGCCAAGUUUCAUCAGACGGGUUUUGCCCUCAUCACGGUCAAGUUUUGGUUCCAAAUCUGACCACUCGUCCCAAAGUCUCGCUGUCUCGGCUCUCUUGCCUGGAUUUUGAAUUCAGGAUCUUGGGGUAUCGCUGUUCGGUUCAGAAAUUCCAGGGAAUCGAACAUAAAUUCAUCGUCUGGAUCAAGCUGCAUUGACGAAAAAGGUCGUUGCUUUGCAUCUGGGUGUAUCUCAGUUCUUCGUAAAACCAAUUCGGGAGCUAGCCAUCUGAAUGCUUUGAUCAAACCCAGAGAACCUCGUAGAUGAUUCGCGAAAUCUCCGGCUUACCAAAAGACGUCAUCAACAUCCAAGACCGUUGUUCGGGAAACAUCAUGGACGUACGGCGAGAGAAGAGCAGAGCCAUGAGAUUCCGACCGCCGCCGCUGCUGGAGAAGACGAAAAAGCACGAAAUCCGGCGAACGAUGUCGGCGCAGAAUAGCCCGAGAAGGCUGAUACCGGCGAGCUACUUCAGCAUAGAGUCUCUGGUUCUACUGGUGGGUCUGACGGCGUCGCUGCUGAUUCUUCCGUUGAUUCUGCCGCCGUUGCCUCCGCCGCCGUUCAUGUUGCUUCUCGUUCCCAUCGGGAUUUUGGCUGUCCUCAUGAUCCUCGCCUUCAUCCCUACUUCCAACCCCAAAAAUGUAGCUUGCUCCUAUCUGUAAAAAAAAAAAAAGAGAUGUAAUCUUUUUUUUUUUUUUUUGGUAAAACAAAAAAGAUGUAAUCUUUGUUUUAGAAAGAACGAGGGAAAAAAAACAGCUUUUUUGUUGCAUUA